AUGAUCAUCAACCUGACAACCCCUCUAGCCAACCUCUCGGCUCUAGACAACAGCAGCCAGUUGCUGGGCAACCAGACGACCACGCAGCCGACAGAGAUAUUCGCAGUGUUCAUCAUGGCGGCGCUCGUGUUCCUCUCCUUCCACGGGAACCUUUGGAUCGUCAUCGUCAUUCUCAUCACACCCCAGCUGCGGGCCUCCAUGGCCAACAUCUUCGUCAUCAACUUGUGCUGUGUGGACCUGGUGGCCUCAGUCACGGCCAUGCCCAUGUCGGCCGUGACAUUUGUCUUGGGGGAAGAUGGCCUCGGGCCAGCAGCAUGUGAGGCGAGCGGCUUCCUCAACACGUGUGUGAUGGUGUCGUCGGUGUUGUCGUUGUCGGUCAUCUCGAUAGAGCGCUACUACACCAUCUCCCUGCCCAUGCACCACGCCGGCCACGCCACCCCCUGCCUGUACCUCAUCACAGUCACGGGGGUCUGGGUCACCAGCCUAGUGGCGGCCAUGUUUCCUUUGCUGGGCGUCAAUUCUUACAGGUAUCGCCCGUCAAGAAGAAUGUGCUCCUUUUACCUGCAAGCAGAAAACACGGGCGACAAGGCAUUCGUCGCCAUCAUAUUUCUCGUUUCGUUUCUUAUUCCUACCGUCAUUUUACUGACAAUGUACGCAGGCAUAUUCCGUGUGGCUAAAAAGGCAGCAACGGUGAUUUCCCCUAGCCAAUCAGGACCUUCUUGUGAUCCUGUGACACGCGUGAAUAUGGACGAUCGGAUCUUCGCGAUUACGCAUGCGCAAAACAACCACGGCAAUCCAUUGCCCCGUGAGACACCUCGCGUCAACGUGCAGGAUGUUUCAGCAAACGGUUCGGAAGCCAUUUUGAAUAAUCAGAUUUAUUUCCGGCGUCUCUCAAUAGAGGAUUCUGGGAUACGAACAGCGGAGAUAACGGACACAAUGUCGGCUAAUUCUUGUAACAAUAAUGAUAACGACGAGGAGCGGAAGCCGACAAAAGGUCGGCUUGACAUAGAUAAAGCUAACAAACUGAAACUAAAUUGCGCGGGUAGGAAAGCUGAUUCCUACCACACCAGUAGAACGGCUGGUCGAGAACAGACAUCAUCAUCAGCAUUAAACAUCACGUCAGCCCACAUCCCACUACACAACCAGCCUCACACAUCCAAAACUAGACCAAGCCACUCUAAAGCUUUCAAAACGUUGAUGAUAAUUGUAGUGUCCUACGUCAUUCUCUGGGGCCCGUACUUCGCCUGUCUGCUACACGACUUCACCUGUGGGAGGUCGGCGUCGCAAGUUCUGGAACUUCUCACCACCUGGCUCAGCUUCGCCAGCUAUGCCGUGAACCCGGUCCUGUACGGCUGCAUGAACCGGAUGAUCAGAGAGGAGCUCUUCAGACUCUGGAACUCCUUCUGGAACUUCUGCUGCUGCUGUCAAUGUCUGUGCUGCAGCAGUCGAGGCGAGGCUUGGAUCGUGUUCCAGAUACCGUGCAGGAGGAAGCACGCGGACACCAGCGAGACCCCCGAGGUGAUUGUGGGGGGUGAGGACGAGCUGCCGGGCGGGGCGGAGAGUUUUUACCAGUUUCUUCAGAGGACGCAGGCCAGUGACGUCACCAACUCGCCGCCGGUGCGAAAUGGGUCUAAAAUGACCAGCCUGGAACUGGGAAGUCUGCCAAGACAAAACGGACACGUUUAG